GGAAGCUGGUGGAGAAAGAUGCAUCCAUGUGGCAGCUGCAGGGAGAACCCACAGUGCUGAUUACAUUAGCCCACAUCUUCAACUAUUUCUCCCCUCUUAUGUGCAAGGUGUACCUGGUGGAAGAGGUGCUCAUGACCUUCCUGUUGAGCAUCCUGGAGCGAGGAGGGGCGGUGGAGGCCCAUCCCCUUAUUCAGCAGCUGCUGGAUCUCAUGUGGCUUCUCAUGGAGGAAUAUGAAGUGCACGAGUGCCUCAAGCAGCUACUGAUGUCACUGCUGCGGGCUUACAGGUUCUCUCCUAUCAUCCCAGACCUAGGAUUACAAAUUCACUACCUCAGGCUCACCAUUGCAGUCUUGAAGCAUGAGAAAUCCAGGAAAUACCUCCUCAGCAAUGUUCUCUUUGAUGUGCUCCAUUCAGUCGUGUUCUUCUACAUUAAGAGCCCACUGCGUGUGGAGGAGGCUGGUUUGCAGGAGCUCAUUCCCACCACGUGGUGGCCAAACCGUUUCACCAAGGAGGGCAAGGAGAGUAAGGAGGUGAAGGAGGAGAGUGCUGAGGAAAGGCUGAGGCGGCGGGCGUAUGAAAGAGGCUGCCAGCGGCUCAAGAAACGCAUUGAAGUGGUGGAAGGUCUCCAGGUUCAGAUUCUGAAGCUCCUGCUGAACAACAAGGACAGAGGAGGGGGGGAAGCUUCCAGAUAUAUCUUCCUGAACAAAUUCCGCAAGUUUCUUCAGGAAAAUGCUAGCAACAGGGGGAACUUGACUGUGUUGUGCCCACCAGAGUACAUGGUGUGCUUCCUGCACCGGCUCAUUGCUGCCCUGCGUUUCUUCUGGGAUGGCCACAGGGCCAAGGCACCUGCCGCGCAGAGCAGUGAAGAGGCAUAUGUCCCUCCCCAACUCUUCUAUAAUGGGAAGGUGGAUUAUUUUGACCUUCAGCGACUCGGAGGUCUCCUGUCUCAUCUCAAGAAGACUCUGAAAGAUGACCUGGCUGCAAAAGCCAAUGUCCUAAUUGACCCUACGGAGCUGCAGGCAGUGACUAUGGAUGAUCUUGAUGAAGAUGAGGAAUCGGCAACAUCAGCAGCACAGUCUCAGCGUCCCUCUGCCACCCUAGCCAUUGGAGGAGCUCUUGCCAGACCUGGCUGGCUUAGCUCUCCCACCCUGGGCCGCGCCAACCGUUUCCUCAGCACAGCGGCCGUCAGCCUAAUGAACCCACGGCGGCCUCUUGGUACCCUUGAGAAGGUCAAAGUACGCACUCUAAGUGUGGAGCAGCGCACAGAGGAGGACAUUGAAGGCAGCCAUGGAAAUGAGGGUCUCUUACUGGGGAGACCUCCAGAGGAGCCAGACCAGCCCAUCACAGAGAACUCCCUCCUGGAAGUCCUGGAUGGGAUAGUGAUGAUGUACAACCUCAGUGUCCACCAGCAGCUUGGGAAGAUGGUUGGUGUGUCAGAUGAUGUGAAUGAGUAUGCUAUGGCACUGAAAGACACAGAGGAAAAAAUCAGCCGCUGCCCAAAGAGAAGGAGAGACAUCCAUGAGGAGCUGCUGAAGAGCCAGAAGGUCUUCUCUGAGAAACUCAAUCACCUAAGCCGACGCCUUGCCUGGAUAAAUGUCACCAUCUAUUCAAAGGAGAAGAUGCAGGAUAUCUACUGGCUGCUGAGAGUGUGCAUCCGCACCAUUGAGCAUGGUGACAGGACAGGCUCGCUUUUCGCUUUCAUGCCAGAGUUCUACCUCAGCGUGGCUAUGAACAGCUACAGCGCACUCAAGAACUACUUCAGCCCUGUCAAUAGCAUGGAGGAACUUCCAGGCUAUGAAGAAACCCUGAUGCGCCUCGCUGCCAUCCUGGCCAAACACUUUGCUGACUCAAGGAUCGUGGGCACAGACAUCCGGGACUCCCUGAUGCAGGCGCUGGCCAGCUAUGUCUGCUAUCCCCACUCACUGCGUGCUGUAGAGAGGAUCCCAGAAGAGCAGCGGAUCUCCAUGAUGAAGAACCUCCUGGCUCCCUACGAGCAGCGGCCCUGGGCGCAGACCAACUGGAUCCUCGUCAGGCUGUGGCGGGGCUGUGGCUUCGGGUACAGAUACACGCGGCUCCCACACUUGCUGAAAACCAAGCCUGAGGAUGCCAGCCUCCCCAGCCUGCAGAAGCCAUGUCCCUCCACCCUGCUGCAGAGGCACAUGGCAGACCUGCUCCGCAGCGACCGUGACUUGGCUCCCAGCUUCCUCAACAGCGUCCUCAACCAGCUGAACUGGGCUUUCUCCGAGUUCAUUGGCAUGAUUCAGGAGAUCCAGCAGGCUGCAGAGCGCUUGGAAAGGAACUUUGUGGACAGCCGGCAGCUGAAGGUGUGUGCCACGUGCUUCGACCUGUCGGUCAGCCUGCUCCGGGUGCUGGAGAUGACCGUCACUCUGGCCCCCGAGAUCUUCCUGGACUGGAAUCGCCCAUCAUCGGAGCUGCUGCUUCGGAGGCUCGCCCAGCUCUUGAACCAGGUGCUGAACCGUGUGACAGCUGAAAGAAAUUUGUUUGACAGAGUGGUCAACCUCCGUCUGCCAGGGUUGGAGAGCGUGGACCACUACCCAAUCCUUGUAGCUGUGACGGGAAUACUGGUCCGGCUGCUGGUGGACACUGAUGCUCAGGGGGCUGAGCGUGCAACAGCGGUGCUGCUGGCAGACCCCUGCUUCCAGCUGCGCUCCAUCCAGUACCUGCUGGGCCAUGCGGAACCCGCAGCCAUGGCAGCAGCUGCUCCGGCCACAGAGAAACGCCACUUCUCCCUGAGCACAUACACUGAGUACAUCAGUGCCGAGGAGCUGUCCAAGGUGGACAAGAUGCUGAGCCACCUGAGCGAGGAGUCCAAGCAGGCGGCUGCCACCACGCUGCCCACCAGCGAGGAGGACCUGUGCCCCAUCUGCUACGCACACCCCAUCUCUGCCAUCUUCCGGCCCUGCUCACACAAGUCCUGCAAAGCCUGCAUCAACCAGCACCUGAUGAACAACAAGGACUGCUUCUUCUGCAAGGCCACCAUCACGGGGGUGGACGACUUCACCAAGCCGCCCAGCUCCUAGCGCCCGGCCCUGCACGUGGGUCUGUCCCCGGCACAGGGCAGGGGCUGCAGGGAGGGAGGGGCCGUUCUCAGGGAGGGGAGCGCGAGGCCUCGUCCCCACAGCAGCCCCGCGUGUGGUGAGCGCUGCCUGGGGCCGGGCUGUGUGUUUGAGCUCUGUGACUUCGCCCCUGGCUGGGGGCUGACUUCAUGAAAUGCAGCAUUAAAUUAUUCUUCCUUA